AUGGCAAGAUUUCCUUUAGCAAUAUGUCUAAUGUGUAUAAUAGUAGCAUCAAGUACGGUAUAUGAAGCGCAAGGAGGUUUCUUAUUAAGGCAUUACUUGAGGAAACUUCCUAGAUUGGCCAAUGAGUUUGAACCUUUCGCUUUCAAGAUUAUGCUUACGUUUAUAGACAACCUUGAGAGCUUAUGCUCCUCGAAAGUGGAGUACAAGGAGUUCUUCUCAAAGCUGAAGGCUUUUUUGAUCUUCAUAAACUCAGCAGCAGGGAAGUCUUCAUCGUCAGAAUUUGAGUCUCAGUUGAAAGCACAUUCUGAGGGGCUUUUCAAGGCUAUCACUGCAUUGGGUGUCAAAGCAUCGGCGGACACAAGCAAGUUGAUUGAAAGUUUGAUGUCGAUGGGAAAAGUUAUGGCUGAGUAUAAGAGGAGCGGUUCACUAACAAUGACAAGUGAACAAAGGAGAGUGCUGAUAACAUCUGUGAUGAAAUGGGCACAAGUGAUUGGUCAGUUUGUGAAAACUGUACGUGAGAAGACUGGUGAAGGUGAUAUUGAUCUCCCAUCUCUUGGCAUUGGAGGUGGAGAUGAUGAUGACGCCGGAAGUGCUGGAGGUGGAAGCUCUGGUAGUGGUUCAUCUUCCAUGGGAGCUGGAAGUGCUGGAGGUGGUAGCUCCGGCGGUGGUGCCUCCUCUUUGGGAGCUGGAAGCGCUGGAGGUGGAAGCUCUAGUGAUACCGGAAGUACAGCUGGUGCCGCUGGUGGAAGCUCUGGUGAUACCGGAAGUACAGCUGGUGCCGCUGGUGGAAGCUCUGGUGAUACCGGAAGUACAGCUGGUGCCGCGGGUGGAAGCUCUGGUAAUACCGGAAGUACAGCUGGUGCCGCGGGUGGAAGCUCUGGUGAUACCGGAAGUACAGCUGCUGUUGGGGGUGGAAGCUCUGGUGAUACCGGAAGUACAGCUGGUGCCGCUGGUGGAAGCUCUGGUGAUACCGGAAAUACAGCUGGUGCAGGGGGUGGAAGCUCUGGUCAUACCGGAAGUACAGCUGGUGCUGCUGGUGGAAGCUCUGGUGAUACCGGAAGUACAGCUGGUGGAAGCUCUGGUGAUACCGGAAGUACAGCUGGUGCCGGUGGUGGAAGCUCUGUUGAGGCCCAAAGUAUGACUGGUGCGGGUAGUGGAAGCGGUGGCGGUGGAACCUCUGCUGGUGGCUCAAGUGGAAGUGCUGGUGGUUCAAGCGGAAAUACAUCUACUAUGUCUACGGAAGAAUCAAGUUCUAUGAGUGGUGGAAAGUCUUCUAAGGACAGUAAAAUCGCCACUGGUGGAAGCGCCAGUGAGGAAAGCACUUCCGGAGGUGCGAGUGGAGGUUCAACUCAUACCACCGCCACAGGAGAAAGCUCCAUGAAUAAUGGAGAUUCCUACUCAGAUUCUACAGGUGGAAACACCAUGGGGAGCCCCACCGGGAGUCCCUCUGGUUCAACUUCUGGUAGUGGUGGGAGCUCUUUCACUGGAAGUGAAACUGGAAGCUCAUCUUACCAAGCUGGAGGAACAUCCGCAGGUGGGCCGAGUGGAAGUAAAACUGAUAGCUCAGCUGCAGGAGCAAGUUCAAUGAAUAGUGGAUAUUCUGCUAAAGGAACCUCCAGAACCCAAACAAGUGCCAGCUAUCAAAAGACGCACUCAAAAUCAUCAGACAAGAGCUCCUUCAGCCAUUCCUCAGAGGAAAAAAGCUCCGGCAACGUCUAA